UGACCCGCAACGUGGCGCGGGCAGCUGCGGCCCAGCCUCCAGGAUCCUCCCUAGCGCCGCCAGCCAGGUAGGGAGCGCGGCGCGGGGCCGCGGAGACGCUCAGCCACCGGCGCCCCCUGCGCCCCGCUCGCCACUCCUCGCGGCUCUGCGCGCCCCGGGACCGCCGCGGCCCUCCGCGCCCGGACGCACGGUGGCCAGGCCCCGCGCACAGCGCCCCCGGCGGUGACCGCGCCGAGCCAGAGCGGGGCGGCUCCCGGCGCGACUUCCUGUUGUGUCCGCGCCCCGCCGCCGCCGCCCGGCGCCCCUCGCCCGUCCCCGCGGCCCGGAGCGGCCGCCGCCCAUGGAUUUCACCUAGUGCCGGGGUCAUGGCGGCGCAGUGCUGCUGCCGCAAGGCGCCCGGCGCCGAAGCCGCGCCCGCCCGCCCGCCGCCCGAGCCGCCGCCCGCCCUGGACGUGGCCUCGGCCUCCAGCGCGCAGCUCUUCCGCCUCCGCCACCUGCAGCUGGGCCUGGAGCUGCGGCCCGAGGCGCGCGAGCUGGCCGGGUGCCUGGUGCUGGAGCUGUGCGCGCUGCAGCCGGCGCCCCCCGCGCUCGUGCUCGACACGCACCCGGCCCUGCGCCUGCACUCGGUCGCGUUCCGCCGCGCCCCCGCCGCCGCCUCCGAGACGCCCUGCGCCUUCGCCUUCCCCGCCCCCGGGCCGGAGCCCCCACGGCCGACCUUCCCCGAUUCACCGGGCGCCGAGUCUGCCUGCUGCCCGCUGGCCUUCAGAGUGGACCCGUUCACCGACUAUGGCUCCUCGCUCACCGUCACGCUGCCCCCCGAGCUGCAGGCGCACCAGCCCUUCCAGGUCAUCCUGCGCUACACCUCGACCGACGCUCCCGCUAUCUGGUGGCUGGACCCGGAGCUGACUUACGGCAAUGCCAAGCCCUUCGUCUUCACGCAGGGCCACUCCGUGUGCAACCGUUCCUUCUUCCCUUGUUUUGACACGCCUGCCGUGAAGUGUACCUACUCAGCAGUCGUCAAGGCCCCCGUGGGCGUGCAGGUGCUGAUGAGUGCCACCCAGAGCACAUACGUGCAGGAGGAAGGAGUCUACCACUUCCAUAUGGAGCACCCAGUGCCCGCCUACCUCGUGGCCCUUGUGGCUGGAGACCUCAAGCCAGCAGACAUCGGACCUAGGAGCCGAGUGUGGGCCGAGCCGUGCCUCCUGCCCACAGCCACCAGCAAGCUGUCAGGCGCCGUGGAGCAGUGGCUGAGUGCGGCCGAGCGCCUCUAUGGGCCCUACAUGUGGGGCAGGUAUGACAUCGUCUUCCUGCCCCCGUCCUUCCCCAUCGUGGCCAUGGAGAACCCCUGCCUCACCUUCAUCAUCUCCUCCAUCCUGGAGAGUGACGAGUUCCUGGUCAUCGACGUCAUCCACGAAGUGGCCCACAGCUGGUUCGGCAACGCUGUCACCAAUGCCACGUGGGAGGAGAUGUGGCUGAGCGAGGGCCUGGCCACCUACGCACAGCGCCGGAUCACCACGGAGACCUACGGUGCCGCCUUCACCUGCCUGGAGACCGCCUUCCGCCUGGACGCCCUGCACAGGCAGAUGAAGCUGCUGGGAGAGGACAGCCCGGUCAGCAAGCUGCAGGUCAAGCUGGAGCCAGGCGUGAACCCCAGUCACCUGAUGAACCUUUUCACCUAUGAGAAGGGCUACUGCUUCGUGUACUACUUGUCCCAGCUCUGCGGAGACCCCCAGCGCUUCGACAGCUUCCUCCGGGCCUACGUGGACAAAUACAAAUUCACCAGCGUCGUGGCCCAGGACCUGCUGGACUCCUUCCUGAGCUUCUUCCCGGAGCUGAAGGAGCAGAGUGUGGACUGCCGAGCAGGGCUGGAGUUCGAGCGCUGGCUCAACGCCACGGGCCCGCCUCUGGCUGAGCCGGACCUGUCUCAGGGAUCAAGCCUGACCCGGCCUGUAGAGGCCCUCUUCCAGCUCUGGACCGCAGAGCCCCUGGACCAGGCAGCUGCCUCUGCCAGCACCAUUGACAUCUCCAAGUGGAGGACGUUCCAGACAGCACUGUUCCUGGACCGGCUCCUGGAUGGGUCCCCACUGCCCCAGGAGGUGGUGACCAGCCUGGCCCAGUGCUACUCCUCACUGCUGGACUCGAUGAACGCUGAGAUCCGCAUCCGCUGGCUACAGAUUGUGGUGCGCAAUGACUACUACCCGGACCUGUACAGGGUGCGCCGCUUCCUGGAGAACCAGAUGUCGCGCAUGUACACCAUCCCGCUGUAUGAGGACCUGUGCACAGGCGCCCUCAAGUCCUUCGCCCUGGAGGUCUUCUACCAGACGCAGGGCCGGCUACACCCCAACCUGCGCCGUACCAUCCAGCAGAUCCUGUCCCAGGGCCUGGGCCCCGGCGCCGAGCUCAGCGGGGAGCCAGGCGGUGCAGCUGUGGCCGUGGACUCGGACUCACAGGCCCUGCUGCUUGGGGACGAGGCCCCUGGCAGUGCCAUCUCUCUCAGGGACGUCAACGUGUCCGCCUAGCCCUCCACACCCCCACCCCCGACGCCAUGAUUGUGCCUUCUGUGGCCCGGGUUGCCGUGACUGUGCCUUGGCUCCGGCCAUGAGCGCCGCCCGGGCUCCCCCAGCCCCUGCCCCCUCGUGUCUGGCAGGGGCCUGCAGAACCACCCAAUCCCCUGCCCACCCUCUUGCACUGCAGGCCCCUGGCUGGCCAGCACAUGCCACACCUCUGUCUCAACACUGACAGCCGUGCCAGACCCGGACACCAGCACUUGCUGGGUGCUGCCCCCAGCCCCACGGCCACCACCACACUGUGCCUUAUGUCUGCCGGGAGGCUGGCCCCCGCUGUCCCGCAGAGCCCUCCCCCUUGCCCCUAGCCUGGGUGUGGCAGCUUCCAGGGCCCCUGGCACAGGGACCACGACAUGUGCAUCCCCCACGUGUGGGGGUGAGGGCUGCUGGGAGCAGGUGUCCUCCCCUCCCUGACCCAGGGGAAGCCUUAGCUCUGUGGGGAUACAGGGUCUGGGCCCCCAGGGAGGUGGGCACUAGACACUAUCCACCUCGUUGCCUAGGAGGUGCAGGGGCACUGCUGUUCCCUGGGGACUGGGGAGGGAUACCAGUUCUCUCCUGGGAGGCAGUGGGCAGGGGGCCCUGGCCUAGGACUGCUGUAUGGGGAGUCUCGGUGGACAUCCCAUUAAACUUCCACUCUGCAGACCUGCCCACCCAACCUGCUUGUCCCACACUGUCCCAGGCACCGCCGGCUAUAGGAGGCGUGAGCUGGGGGAAGCUGGUGUUGGCCCCUUCCCAAGACAGGCCCCCUAGACCCCUGAGGAAGCCAUGGGUCACCCUGGGCUGGGGGCCUCCAAGCUGUGCCUGGCCCAAGCCCAGCCCAUCCCAUCCUGGACAGAAGGACAAGAAAGCUUUGGGUGGCAAGUAGGGAGGCUGGGGCCCCGGGACCUGCUGCCAGGAUGGGCUGAGGGGUGGAUGAGAGCUAGGUCCUGGGACAGGCUGGCCAGUGAGCAUGAGCUGUGGGGUGGACGGGCCUGAGCCAGGUCCUCAGCUUCCCACCCGAGCACACUGCUGGGGCCUGGGAGUGACGUCCACUGACCGCACUUCUAGAAGUGAGCCGACAGCCCUGGAACU